AUGGAUACCUCAGAAUCAAUACCAGACACUAGCGACAUUGACGCAGACAUAGCCAGUGAAUUUGUUGAAUUUACGGAUGAUAUCCCAAUAGAAAUAUAUCGUAGCCUGCGGUAUAUCAGGAAAUACGAAAAUGAAUAUCAGAAGGAGAACUUGAAUCUAAACCACCUUGCCACAGAAGUUGGUCAAUGCUCCCCGUCUGAUGUACCUGCAACGAAAAAGAGAUUCGCAAAGUCACUGUUUCACUCUGAUGAGUAUAUGCAACAAACCAAUGCCGAAGCCCAGAAACUUUAUGCAAACGUUCAUGCUGCUUAUGAACGACUAAACGAUAAAAUUCGAUAUUUGGAAAACGAACGCCCUGCAUCCUCAUCCUGA